AUGGACCUGAUUACAUUGUCCUGGAAGAUACAAGUUAAAAACCAGUUGCAGGCAGCUAAUUCUUGUUAUAUGACCUUGAUAGUAGAGCUCCCCGAGCUGCUCCUUCGGAUUGCUCUUCUAGUUGCAGAAACCUCAUCCCCAUCCUCUCUGAUCUGUGGAAACAAGGGAGAGUAUAAAAAUGGACGCUGCUUUUGCCCAGAGGAAUGGAUAGGACAACGUUGUGAGAUAGUUAAUUUCUGUGAAAAUAGUAUUUACCAAGUCAACUCUUCAGUAAAGUUUACUUUUACAAGAAUUAUAGUAGACAGAUAUGGCUAUUCUGAAGAAAAAUGUAACAAGUCCACUGUAAACGCUGGUACUCCAAUAGCAAGCCGGAAGUGCUCCAAAAUAGGAGGAAAACCUACUCUAGAUGAUGUGAAGUUUGUGGAUUGCGAUACGAACCUGAAAAUGCUAAAGGAUCAGUUAAGCACUCCAGAUAAAAUUUUGUCCAUUGCCAAUGAUACCCAGAUCCUUACUUCUGUGCCGGAGAAACUGACCACUGAGAACAUCUCUAUUGCUGCUGAUAUUGCAGGACAGAUUCUGAAAAAUUAUUCUCAGGAAGCUACUGCUACAGUGGCUGCAGUGGCUACAAUUAGCCAACUUUUGGAUGCCAGAGAGAGUGAAUUCAACUUUGCAAAUAAUAACCUUACUAAUAUUACAGCAAGCCUCACACAGACACUGGAAAAUUUCUCUUUGAAUGGCUCUGCUGUUCAGCCCAAUAUUGCAGUUAAUCACAUUUCAUUGAAACCAACUACAACAACAGCUUUUUUCUCUGCACAGACAGUAUCAGGAAGUUUACAGUCUGAAAAUAUUAAGGUAGAUGAAAAUGUCUCUGACUUGAAAACUGACAACGAUACAGAAGUUCAAAUAUUGAUCAACGUUACAAGGAACAGCAGUUCAUCUGGAGAUGGAAGUAUUGGCUUUGUCUUGUAUCAAAAUGACAAAUUUUUCCAAUCAAAAAAUUACAAGACUCAUUUUAAUCAUGCUAAACAAAUUAUCUCUGGCAAACUUGCUAAUGGAAUAGAUGUUAAUGAUGUUAAAAUGGUCUUCAACCCAAAGUAUGAUGCAUCGGAAAUGCUGCUGCACGAUUAUGCAUGUGUCUUUUGGGAUUACAGUGCAAAUGACUGGAGCACAACAGGCUGCACAAAAGAAGGAAACAAAACGGAAUUGAGAUGCAGGUGUAAUCACACUACUAGUUUUGCUGUAUUAAUGAGUUUCAAGAUCAAUUACAAAUACGCAAAACCUCUAGAGAUUGUCUCAAACAUUGGUAGUGGAUUCUCCAUUGCUGGUCUGGUUAUUACCAUUCUGUUUCAAAUUCUCACCAGGAAAACACGAAAAUUCUCAGUUACCUGGAUGUUGGUGAGUCUCUGCACAUCCAUGCUGAUUUUCAACAUCAUCUUCAUCUUUGGAAUUGACAACUCAAAUGCCAAGAAUAACACUGCUGUUUCCACCAAUAACGCCGUACUGGACUCAGACCGGGUAGAUCCUCCUGAAAAUGCCUUGUGUACUGCUGUAGCUGUCUUGCUGCACUAUUUCUUGUUGGCAACAUUUAUGUGGACAGCGCUCAAUUCUGCACAUUUGUACUUACUGCUGCUUAAAACCCUGAGGCCCAUUCCUGGACACUUCACUUUAAUCAUGUCAAUAAUUGGAUGGGGAGUGCCUGCUGUAGUGGUUGCUAUAACACUUGGAGCUACCUAUAGAGAGGGCAAGCAAUUAAACUACCGACAGGAAGAGUUUUGCUGGCUUGCAGUCCUGGAUGACAAAGGGGAAGUGAGCAUAAAAAAGCCCAUGAUAGGGGCAUUCCUUUUGGUAGUGGCAGUCAUCCUUCUGUUUAACAUUAUCAUCUUUGUCAAGAUCACUGUCUUUGUUAUGUGGAAGAAGGACACAAAUCUGACAAGCAAUAAAAAGAAAUCAUUCACAACGAAGAUAUUUGGCACUUUAUCUAUAGCUGUGGUGCUUGGAAUCACCUGGGUCCUGGGCUAUAUGAUGCUAAUAAAUCAAGAGGCAACAAAUAUUGUCUUCAGCAUUUUGUUCUGUAUUUUCAAUGCCACCCAGGGACUUCAGAUCUGUAUUCUAUACACUUUCAGAUCACCAAUCUUCAAGAAAAAGGUUACUGAGCUGUUUUCCUAUGUCUCACUGCCAGAUAUACCGAUUUCCCUGCAUUCAAAGACUUAUUAUCUUUUAAAAUUCCGUUAUAAAAAACACACAUACGAGAACUUCAAACCAUCUGAGACCUUUUCAGAGGAAACCUCCUUUUCCAGCAAUGAUCAGACACCUACGAAGAAUUAAAAUGUAAAAUCACAGCUUUCUGAGUUUGUUCUAGAUAGAGAUCAUUGGUGUUUUGAGUGACAUGACCACCACUCUUGGAACAACGCUGGGCACAGAUCAGAAGACAGUAGGACAGCUCCCAAAAAUGUAAGGCAGGAUAACAGCUGUGCAGAGCUUAUAUGUGGCACUUUAAUUGUACACAACUAAGUUCUUACAAGGGAAGUUGACGGUCAUUACAAUAUUGCACAAAAUAGAAGGGCAUCUGUCUGACUUAGUCAUGUCUGUCUGUUCUCCCAGAUAUAUCUAUUCCUGGCCUAUCUAAUAUGCUCUGUCCAAAGGUAGUCCUCUUUUCCCUUUCAUAAGUAAUUCCUGUUUAACUAAAGAACAUAAGCAAUAAAUAAAUAAAUAAAUAAAUAAAUAAACAGUAGAGUUCUUAUUAGCUCUGUUUCCAUAUUCUAAAUCACUAUUUGACUGUCUUUUAGAAAAAGAUCUUUAUUUUAGAGUUGCCUAUUGAGCUUCCUUGCUAGAAGCUGUUUAGGAUAAGCUGCUGCUAUAAAUGCUAUAAAAUGAUGUCUGACUCCAUGUGGUAGA